AUGACGCAGUUCGACAUGUUCGGCACGAAGAAGAGCAAGAAGGGGGGCGGGGGCAACCUCAACUCGACGAAGGCCCCGUUAUCCCUUCAGGGCUCGAUACCUUCGAUAGGAUCUCAGGAUGAUGUCAACGGUAACAGCGUGCUCACCACGCAGCAGAUGCUCGAUAGCCUCGAUGAUUCCGAAAUCGAUCGUCUCUUCCGUGAGAUGAUGGUGGACAUGAACGUACAACAAAUGGAUAAAGUGCUACAAAAAUCAAUCCAAGAAAAACGAAUGAUGCUCUACAUGCGGGAAACGACGGAUACAACGCGAGGGAAGCUGGAGACCCCAGCCAUGUUCGUUCAGUGUCUCCGCAGCGAUGCGAACUCGGAAAAGUUGUUGAAAAACUGUGAAAGCUUGAGGAUAGCUCUGACGAGCAAGACUGUGUCGUGGGUGAAAGAGUUCAUCGACAAAGGCGGAAUCGAUGUCCUGCUCAAUCUACUUAAGAAAGUUAAACCAAAUAAGAAACUGAAUGAGAAGAUAGAAUUGGAACUCAUCAAGUGUUUCCGGGCCGCUUUGAACAUCGGCCACGGCGUCAAACACGUACAAGCUCACCAAACGGCUCUCCAAGUUGUGUGCAGCAGCCUCCGGCCGGAUCGCGCAUCUGUGAUGUUGGAAGCCGCCAAAGUUAUCGCUCCGAUUUGCCUUAUUGAUGGGGGUCAUGCGUCGGUUUUGAAAGCGCUGACACUGGCCGCCGAACAGGACGGGACCGAGAGAUUUCGCGCUAUCGUGCAAGGUCUAGAAACAGACAACGAUCAGCUGAAGACGGCAUGCAUGCAAAUCGUCAACGGUAUCCUAGACGUGGACGAUUACGAUUUUCGAGUUCAUCUGCGGAACGAGUUCAUGCGCUCGGGCAUGUUGCGGAUCUACGAGAAACUCCAGACUGAAGAGGAGCUGUCCAAAGAGUUUGGUUGUCAGUUCGAUGUGUUCAAGAACGCGCUCGAAGACGAUUUCGAUGAGCUGACCCAGAAGCUUGAGACCAUCUCGCAAGAUUUCUACGAUUUGACGGAAUGCUUCGAGAUGAUCAAAGCUAGUAUCACCAACACCCCGGCUCAGUCAGCAUUGCUGUCAAUCUUGCAGCACAUGCUGUUGAUACGGGAAGAUGCGCAAAUUCGCGCUGCCUACUACAAACUCAUAGAAGGAUGCAUAGCUCAGAUCACGCUGCAUCGAAACGGUGUCGAUCCGGACUUUGCCUACACGCAGAAAUUCAACAUCCAAGUGGACGAGAUAGUGGAACGCAUCAAAGGACAUUCGUCGAUGGAGGACAUAAAUGUAGAUGCUCUCCAAAAUCGAUUGGAAGAAGCGCUCACCCAGAAACAAGAAAUGGAAGCGAAGUUGGCCAAUUACGAAGCCAAACUGGGCCAGAUUGGUACCCAAGGAUCUCCUACGAAAGCUCUCAAUGUGCCAGCAGGUCUAUUGAUAGGUCAAGGCUUGAAACCUCCGUCGGGCUCGGGUGUACCUCCGCCCCCGCCUCCUCCUAUGCCCCCCUCCCCCAUGCCAAGAAUGGGCGUUCCCGCUCCCCCUCCGAUGCCGGGGAGUGGAGUUCCCCCACCUCCUCCACCGCCAAUGCCCGGGAUGGGCAUCCCUCUCGCACCGCCUAUGCCAGGAGUCAGGGGACCACCCCCUCCCCCACCUAUGCCAGCCUAUUUGACAGGUAUGGGAGGUCCUCCGCCGCCCCCGCCGCCACCAGGAAUGAUGAUGGCGCCUCCUGGGAUGCCUUCUGCUGCCGCAAGCCUCGCUCUGCCCUUCGGCAUGAAGCCCAAGAAACAGUUUGAAGUUCACGGAACACUAAAGCGAGCGAAUUGGAAAAAAGUAAAUCCCACGCAAGUCACAGCCAACUCCUUCUGGGUCAAGGUCGACGAAGGAAAAUUGGCCACCGAUUCCCUGGUCGAGCAGCUGACCUCUAAAUUCGCCACACAACCACCUAAAAAAGAGCUCAAGAAAGAGGAUACUGCCGGCCAUAACGGACACAGCAAGAAAAGCGCAAAGGAACUCAAGGUCAUCGAUGCCAAAGCCGCUCAAAAUCUGAUGAUCAUGCAAGGUUCUCUGAAAAUGUCGGCUGAUGACAUCAAGACAUGUCUGCUCGAGGUGGACGAAAAGCGUCUCGAUGAGAACAUGUUGAAUCAGCUCAUAAAAUACAUGCCGACCCAAGAUUCGUUGAAUAAGCUCGCGAACCUCAAGGAGGACUACAGCGAACUCCACGACGCUGAGCAAUUCGCGCUGUCUCUGGGCUCGAUCAAACGACUUCAUCCGCGUCUGAAUUCGAUUGCUUUCAAGCUGCGUUUCCAAGAGAUGGUCGGCGACAUAAAGCCGAUGGUGGUCGGAGCAACGGCGGCCUGCGAAGAAGUCAAAAGUAGUCGGAAAUUCGCCAAAGUACUCGAGAUCGUCCUGCUUUGCGGCAACAUCUUGAACACCGGUACGAGAAACGCGCAGUCGAUCGGAUUCGACAUCAGCUUCCUGCCCUCGCUCGGCAACACGAAAACUGUCGAUCAGAAGUCUACUCUGAUACACUUCCUGGCGGAAUUCAUCGAGAAGAACGAUCCCGAUACGCUCGCCUUCGGGGACGAGUUAUCUUACGCUGAAAGGGCCUCGAAAGUGAACGUAGAGCAGGUCGAAAAGAAUCUCAACACUAUGAAACGGUCAUUGGAAGACUUGAAGACCGAUCUGAAGAACUUCCGGGCUCAAGGAGAGAAUGAUCGUUUCGGGGAGAUUAUGCAUCCAUUCUACGAGCAGGCUCAGCAGACUUAUGAAGUCCUACGUGGCAUGUUCACGAAAAUGGUGAAGCUGUACGAGUCGCUGGCGGAAUAUUACGCGUUCGACAUGAAGAAGUACACCCUGGAGGAGUUUUUCACCGAUAUCAGCACUUUCAUCAAGCAAUUUGAUAUGGCCUAUGCUGAGAACCAGAGAAGUCGAGAGCUCGAGGAGAAACGUCGAUUGGAGAAGCAGAAGAGAGAGAAAGCGGAUCAAGACAGACGGGAACGCCAGGAGGCACGCCGGAAACUGCUCACGGUCACCGGCGACCAAGAGGGAGUCAUGGAUAACCUCCUCGAGGCGCUCAGCUCGGGAACAAUCUUCAAUAACAAUAACAAGGCGCGGCGGAAACAGGCCCGUAGUACGAAUCCUGCUGUGAAAGCCCAACUGAUGCGUACGAGGUCUCGGAACGCCAUCGCGAUGGACACGAUGAAAUCGUUCGACAUGAGCUAGUAUGAAUUCACCUAGUAAGCGAGGAAACUGUGAGAACGCCUUUCAGUGACGCGGCCACUAUCCGCUGUGGGAGAUGAAGCUCCGAGCGCAAGCUCGCAACAUCGGGCGCCGCAAACAUUCGAGCACGAGCAUGGAGUGGCCGUCUGUGGCAUCGAACCUGUGAAUGUUCAAAAGUAGAAGCUACAUCCAAUGUGCACAAGCUAGUCUUCGAAGCGCGCGGUUCUGCCAAGAACGAUUGACUUCGAGUACAAAUGUACAUAAGAGAAAGUAAUUAAAGCCCACCAUGAAGAAAGGGUCUCGGUAUGAAGUAGUCUGACACGAGGAGCGGAGAAUUCAGAUACCUACAUAUGUAUAUGUUGGACCAUAUUUUUGUUGUUCGAAAGCGCCCGAAGACCCCGCUACAUUCCGAGAUGAAAUGGUGACCUCCCGUCUCCGGAACGACGGUCGAGUUCUCCGAUUUGUGUAGAUUAAGGCUACUGAAUAUUCCCGGACUCUAUACGCUCAGUGUCGGAAGGGUUUCUUUUUCGCCCUAUUGUUAAACAUUGUUUUGCCAUUCCACAAUAGAUGAAAUACAUGAUUCGAAUGAGGGCGAGAGCGGGAGCGAACUCUGUGUGACGUGAUUGUCCUAAUUUGGACCGAGUUGAUUUAGUUCAGAGAAAGCUGUGGACUUUGCCUCUGAAGCAGGUGACUAAUAAAAGACAAAUAAAGAGAGA